AUGCGCAGACAACGGAAACUACUCCUGAGCAUCCUCGGUCUGCCGUUCUACUUCCUCUUCCUAUUCCUCGUCUACUCCCCCAUCCUUAGAAACAGUAUCCAAAUAACUCCUCUGCUCUACCCUCCCAAUGGUCAAAGUCUACGUCAAAUCGGUCCUUCAGCAAAUUUGGCAAUUUUCAGCGUAUUUCUUGAUCGCAGAGUGAGCGACAAUCAGACAGAAAUCCGAUCCUACCACGGUCACGUGAAUGGCGUUUUGCGGAUCAUUCUGGUGAAACGACGCAGCUUUCAGCCCCGUUUGCAUUGCCUCUUUGCUGACGGGACCAGCGUCCCGACGCGAGAUUUGCAUGGAAAUCCAUUUGCCUUCUAUGAAUUGACAGAAAAUCAUCAACGUCUUUACGGUGGCUAUUCAGUUCACUGUGACGUGCCCCCAUUUUCUCAGCUUAUGAGAGGUGUAACAAUAUGGGUGGACGGUCCGGAGUAUGGUAGAACUGUAUUACCAGUUAUUCAUGCCAAUGCUUCCAAGAUUGAAACUCUACCAUCCCAACAAUCACCCAUAACCACGCCCCAAUUUGAUCACCGAUUCGCCGUUUGUGUGCCAGCAAUGCACCACACGGCGAAACUGAACGCGGCCUUCCUAUCAGACUGGUUUAAAGUACACAUUCGCCUUGGAGUAACCAAAUUUCGAAUCUACUACAGUGAGCUAAUUUCUAAGGAUCUGAAAGACCUAUUUUGGUCAUUAAAAAGCCAAGCAGAAAUUGACCUCUACCCCCUUUUCUGGCAGGAAAACAACAGAGCAGUUCAACAGGACUCCUGGUACUAUCUCCAGACAAUGACAGUAAAUGAUUGCCUUUUACGCAGCCUCUACGACACAGAAUAUGCAUUUUUCGGUGAUUUGGACGAAGUUCUCAUUCCUCACAGCUCCACUAUUUCAAACUGGAGUGAUCUAGUUCGUGAAGUGUGGGAUAACAGAAAUGUUCCAGGUAUCUGCUUCCCCGCAUACAAAUUCUACGGCCCUGAUUCCAGUAUGAGUGCAAGCCUUCUGCGCUCCGCUAAAAUUGAUAGGAUUCGUUCCAAAUGCCUUGUGCGUCCUAAUGCCAUAUUCGAAAUGGGCAUCCAUCAUAUCAGUAAGCCAUUUGAGGAGAGAGCCUCAAUGAGACUUAAAACAGCCCCUAAUCUCACUCACUAUGCCUUCAUUCAUCAUUACCACAGACUAUCCGCAGGGAAAAGGACACAAAAUCUCAAGAAGGCUGUUCUGGAUACAAGCAUUCUACGAUUUUUGGGGAAAUAA